AUGUCCAAUCUUCAACUCGAGUCAAAGGCUCCUUGGGGCGAGAUUGCCGACAUGAGCGUGGAAGAGUGGAACGCCAUGAUCAAUGAGGACAUGUACGACCUGGGCUCCACCAGCGAGUCGAAUGAUGUGGUCGAACCUCAGCUCGUGCUUCCUUCUUCGACCAACGCCCAGCACUCGACCACUAAUCAGCAACCGAUCAGCAUUCAGCAACCGAUCAGCAACCAGCAGUCGAACGUCAACCAUCGCUCGACCAUGGCGCCACAGGCUCCUGCUCCGACUGCUGUAAUGGCUUCACCGUUCCAAUUCAACCCAUCCGCAGCGCCACCUACACCGGCUCAGGCUACGAUGGCUCCACCCUACCAUGCUCACCCGUUCGCGCCACAACACCAAGCCUUCACCUUCAACGCUUCGGCACACCCUUCUCCUUCCUGGGACAAGAAACCCGUACUCCACCACAACAGCUACCCCAACAACAACAUGGUUGGCGCCAACCCAUUCUACCCACCACCACCACCACCACCCGCCAGCCUCCCACAACUCCAAUUCCAUCCUCAAGUUCAUCGUGCGCCGCCCACCGUCCAGGAGAGAAUGCUAUCCAACCACGACUUCUGCAACACGUACACGGACUACGAGCUGGAGAACGGCAUGUGGGUAGAUGGAUACAACGGGCAGCUGUUCCAGAGAUAUCCGGAGCUGAGAGGCAAGAUCUUGACCGUGUAUGUCCAGAUCUGUGAGUCGAACUUCUCAAAGGUGGGCAGUGUCGCUCCAGCUGGUACGGUAUCGAAUGGUAGUAUGACUGCCACAUAUGGUCGCCAGCAGGGCUCUCGGCCGCUAUUACCUGCUGAGGCGGUGAUGCAGAACCAGGCAGUGGUGCAGAAGAACGACGCUGCGCCAAAGCGGAAGAAGAAGUCCGCCGCAGCAUCUGCUCGCACUCCAGUCAACAAGCCCUUGCCGAAAUCCAGCAAGAUCAAAGCAGCCGAGCCAUCUCCGGAGCAGAAUGACGAGGGCGAGGAAGAAGAGCCGCAAGUCAACGACGACGACGACGACGACGAGGCCGAUGCCGCCAACCACCCUCCUAUCGCCUACAUCCCCGACAUCGCCUCCCCAGACGACGCCCGCUACCUCCUCGCCCACCCCCCCGCCUCGGUCUUCACCAGCCUGAACAUCAAAAACGACGACCUCGCCACCACCAAGAAUCAAAUGCACCACUACGCCUCCCUCCUCUUCAUCGCUCUACAGCAGACGGGUUCGACGUACCUCCCUCGCCCAAUCAAGAACGCCGACCAGGAACUCCGCACAAACGUCCAGAAGCGGUACGAAGCGCAGCAGAAAGAAGCGAUGGAGACGAUUCGAGGGUACCUGGCCACUGCCCACGGCCAAAAGGAGGCUCGAGCCCGCUGUCUGGUCGUCUUCGAGGAAGCGAUCAAAGUCCACGACCUCGGAAUCAAGACCACAAUCUACGACCUCGCGACCGCGAAACCCAAGCCCAAAGGCACGCACGCUUAA